AUGUGACCUGGUGUUUCGGGUUUUCUCCGCACACUGCCGUUUGCAGGUACAAAACUCUAUAUUUCUCAACAGUUACCUGAACGAUUGAAAGAGAAUYAUGGAACGCAAGUCCGACAUUGCAAGGAGAAGAUGUUCCAGACAGGAAGCAAAAGGUGGAAAGACUUGGAAUCUUCAUGCARAGCAAGGAAAAUCUUGAGUAUGUUUCUGCACUAGAGUCAGGAAGGYUGGUGUGUCGUGACAUUGGAGGCUCYGACCCUGAAAGAAUGGCAGCCCCAAAUGUUGCUCAUUAUGUUAAACAAGUAUUCCAUGGAACAGAAGUGAAGGUGUCAGUACAAAAGGUUGAUGAUUCCCUUGAGGGAGAUUACCCUCUCAUGGCAGCUGUCAAUCGUGCAGCUAAAGGAGUCAAGCGACACCAGGGAAGGCUUAUCCAGUUGGAAUAUGUAGGCGAAGGGAAGAUUGACCAGACAUUGCUUCUUGUUGGAAAGGGUAUUACUUAUGACACAGGAGGUGCAGAUAUCAAGGCAGGUGGUGUUAUGGCAGGAAUGCACAGAGAUAAAUGUGGAGCAGCAGCAGUAGCAGGAUUUUUCCAGGUCCUGGCAAAGUUGAAGCCAAAAGGCAUCAAAGUCCUGGGGAAAAUGGCAAUGGUUCGCAACAGUGUUGGCUCUG